CUUACACCGUCUUUGCAGCGAUAGCACUUAGUGAAACGAAAGCUACCAAAGCUACCCCUUGUAGUGCCAUGCUGGAUAUGGACACCUCUGAUACCACUGCAUCUACAUCUCCGGGCUACAAGGCCGACGACCGGUCCCACGGACCCUGCUGCACUUCAUUCAUGAUAUCGGACAUAUUACACUCGUCCCUACGUUCUCCGAGGCAGCGCUCUGCGGAAGACUGCAACAGCGAGCCCGACGACGACGCCACGAGCGUGGACGAAGAACGCAACCACGCCGCCGUACCGAACGGCGCGGCUUCGGACACCGAGUCUGCCGCAGACGGCGAGCGAGAAGACGACGGCCGCGACAGUACCGGCAAGAACGGAGACGAUACCCGAAAUGAGGAUUGCUGCGGAGCGUCUCCGAAAUCGUCCACUGCAGGCUCGCCUGGUUCUGCCAUUGACUCGAGCAAGCACAAGAAACGGCGACCCCGGGCCCUCUUCUCGCACGCCCAGGUCUACGAGCUGGAGCGACGCUUCACCGUCCAGAAGUAUCUCACGGCGCACGAGCGGGAACAGCUCGCGUCUAUGCUGCACCUCACCGAGACGCAGGUAAAGAUCUGGUUCCAGAACAGGCGCUACAAGAACAAGAGGCAGCAACUGGAGCAUGCCAGACUCUCCCCCAAGAGCUGCAAAGAGCUGAAAGACUGUACGGCUCUGUCUGGCUCGCCUCUGCCAGACUUCAAGCCCCAGAACUUCCCCGUCGCCACUGUCCCUCCCUUCGGUCUCAGCUUCACUACCCCGUCUACAGUUCCGCACACACACGCGCACGUCUGCACCCCGGAGGGCUACCUUCGUUACCCUCUCAUGAAACCGAACUUCUCGGCGCUCUCCAGCCCUCUUUACUGCCCUCCAACUGCAGCUACCAGUUUCCCUGCAUUCUCUCCCCUCUGCCCCAGCUCACUCUCGCCCUACCAACCAUUCCCCCAUCCGUUACCUCACACACUCAAAGUCCCCGCCGAAUUUUAAUUUAUAGCACAUCAUUCACUGCAUUUUGUUCAUGAUUGUAAUCCGGCAAUUUGUGUAUGUUAUCACCCUCACAAACUAUAUCACUUUUCUGGUCUUAAAUCUUUUUCUGUGUUCACCACCACAAGUAUACAUAAUCACCUGAUGAUUCUCACAGCCUCCAAAUCAGUUUCACAAUCAAAUUUGAUUCU